AUGCUGUCAAAAUGUCUACAUAUUCCAUAUUCAUCAAAAACUUAUCAACUUUUCAAUUAUUCUCGUCGCCACGUAUUCAGUUUCUUGCCAAAAAAUCUUCCACCCCGCGAUCUUAAAAAUCAAACAAUUAUUUUGCCAGAUGGUUCGAGAAAAGCUGCUUGGCUCAAAGAUAAAGAUUUGGUGAAAUCGUUUGCUCCAAAUAUUCAUACAACUUAUGAUACAGUAAGAUAUGGGCUUAAACUAGCUGGAGACAAAGGAAAAAUGUUUGGAGAACCUUUGAGAAAUAAGAAUGGAGAAGUUGAAUGGAAAUGGAUCGAUUAUUCGGAAGGAAUCAAACAAGCUGAUCGAAUUUCUCAAUCAAUGAGAAAAAUUGGGUUGAAAGCUGGAGAAGAUACUAAAAUUGGAAUAUUUUCGAAAAAUCGGACGGAAUGGAUGUUGGCUGAUAUGGCUAAUCAUAAUUUCAGUAAUGUUACAGUACCAUUUUAUGAUACGAUUACUGUAGAUGAUAUGGUUUAUAUUAGCAAUUUGACAGAAAUUCCAUUGAUUUUCACGGAUUCCGAGGAUAAAACCAAGUGUGAGUGCGGCAUUUUUGAAAAAUAUACUUCCGGAAAAAAAGAGGACAAAUUGACGUUUUGCCACAUCGUGACUUGAAUUAGGGAUUGAGUUUUAUAUAAAUUAAUUUUCAGUGCUCAUCGAAACCAAACCUCGCUUAACAACUCUCGAAACAAUUGUGCAAUUCGAUCCAAUUUCCAAAUCCACUCGAGAACUCGCAACUUCCCAAAACAUCAAAAUAUACGAUUUCGACGAAUUUGUCAAUUUAUCAAGACUUCAAGAUCCAAUCCCACAUGUUCCACCAAAAUCUGAUUCUCUUGCUUCAAUCUCAUUUACAUCUGGAACAACUGGAAGACCAAAAGGUGUUAUGUUAACUCAUAUGAAUCUGUGCUCGGUUUCUUCAAUACUGACAGAAUUUGAAUAUGAUAAGGGGAUUGGUGAACGAUUUUUGUCGUAUUUGCCGUUGGCGCAUAUUUAUGAAAGAUGUUGUAAUACAUCCGCGUUGAUGACUGGAGGGUACGACUUUUUUCAAAAAAAAUAAAUAAAAAUAAAAAGAACACAACGUCACUCCGCUUGCACAUUGUUUAGUUUUCUCUGCAAACGGAGUAUCGUUGUUUUCUUUUUGUUUUUUCGCACACUUUUCUAAUUUUCUUUUUUUCUUGCAGAAAAAUCGGAUUCUACCGCGGUAGUCCCGAACAUAUUUUGGAACAUGCUAGAUCUCUUCGAGUCAAUACUUUUGCCACAGUUCCACGAGUCAAUGAUAAAAUUCACAAAGGAAUUAUGAGAUCUCUUGUUAAUCAACCAAUAAAGAGAAAUAUAUUGCGAGCUGCGAUUGGUUAUAAACUUUUGCAUUAUAAAAUAACGUAAGUUUUUUCUAGCCUCGUAGGCUUUCUUUAAUCAUCUAUAUUUAAAUUUAAAAAAUCCUAUUCUUUAGAGGAACUGCGACUCGUGAUACCUGGGUUGAUCGAAAAAUCCUGAAAAAGAUUCAAGAUCUUCUCGGACCGGAUCUCAAGCAGAUAACAGUGGGAGCAGCUAAAAGUGAAGAUCGCACAUUAUUGUUUAUGCGCGGUGCAUUUGGCUGUCACGUUUUUGAAGGAUACGGCCAAACUGAAACUUCCGGUCCAAUUGUAGUUCAAAUUCGUGGUGAUGUUAGUGUUGGAAAUGUCGGAGUACCAUUGCCUUGCUCAACGAUUAAAUUGCGAGAUGUUCCAGAUUUAGAUUAUUACGUGGAUAAAAAUGGUGGUGAAAUUCUAGUGAAAGGAUACAAUGUGACAAAGGGUUAUUAUAAAAAUGAAAAGGCUACAAAAGAAGCAUUCACAGAAGAUGGAUUUAUGAAAACUGGAGAUAUUGGAAGAUGGACAAGUAAUGGAACCCUUGAAAUUAUUGAUCGAAUGAAAAAUGUGUUCAAAUUACCACAAGGAAAAUUUGUAGCACCAGAAGGUGUUGAAUCCCUUUAUAUUUCUUCUCGAUUUGUAAAUCAAGUUUAUGUUCAUGGAGAUGUUCAAAAACCAUGGCUUGUUGCAAUUGUUUCACCAGAUGUUGCGGUAAGUUUUUAUAAAAUUCAACCACAAAUAUUCAAUUUCUGUAUUUUCCAGCAACUAACUGCUUAUGCUGAAAGUCGUUUCAACAUCACUGGAAAAUCGAUCGAAGAACUAUGCAAAGAGCCAGAAUUAAUCAAUGCGAUUCAAAGGAAACUAAUGUUGAUUACCAAAACUCACGAUCGUCCAAAAUAUGAAGGAGUUUAUGCAGUUCAUUUGACACCUGUUCAAUUCACAUCGGAAAAUGGUUUGACUACACCAACAUUGAAGAAUAAAAGACAUAGUUUGGCAAAAUGGUUUGAAAAGGAAAUCAAUGACAUGUUUCAUCAAAUUGAACAAGAUGAAGCCAAAAAGUAUUAUGAAUAA